AGGUCAGACCGGUGGCCCGCGUCACAAUCAGGAGCCCGUAUGAUUACUAGUUCGACGACGACGAGGAAUCGGUAUCACCUUCGUAACAAGGUCUUACCUCCCGCCAUUUGCUUAUCGCGACUGACGCUUGUCAACGCGCGAACUGAACCGUUUCUCUUUCAGUAUCGCAAUAGUCAAUGGCUCGAUGACUACGAUGAGCACGUUGGUAUAGCGCCAAAAGACCGAAGGGCGAAAGUCUCGCUCCGCACUUCAAGUUCCUUCAAAGUCAGCCUCCCCUUCGUCAAGUUCGAAGUUAAGCACAUCCUCUCGACUUCAACGAAUCGGCGGAUGAAAGAGGCGGAGCGAUUGUAUCGAUCGUUAUUAGGCUUUUAUUAGAUGGAAGUGUUGUCGUAUGUCUGUCGCAAAGGGCACGUCCGUGCGGGGGGUCGUGUUAACUUAAGUGAAAAUACCACCGAGUGGUCCAGCCGAGGGAGGCUGACCACUCAUCGUCGACUCGGUUCCCGUGCUCGGAUCUCUUGGCGAGUUUGAUCGUGGAACCGGCUGAAAGAGGAUCCUUCCUUUCACGCGAGGUACUAUGAAAUCGACGUCAAAACAAAUCGCGCCGCGCCUCUCGGAUCAAAAUGCCGACAUGAGAGAAUCACGUAGGUGUUUUAUGCUGGAACUUAUCCGAGAAAAUUAUUACGAAGAGGUUAGAGACGGACGAUAUCGGGUGACUGUGGAUUAUACGUGCAAUGAAGAUAAACAUUAUGAGUUAUAAAAGGAAAAUAUUAUACUAUGCAUAAAAAUUUUUUUCUCAAUCUAGUUCAAGUACAAGAAUGCUGCUGACGGGACGGUGUGAAUGAGAUAUUCCGAUAAAUGCUGAAGCGGAUAUCCUUAAAUAGCGGAUAUGACUAUCGCGAGUAUGGCGAUAUCCUUGACGUACGUAACCACGGCGUUUCAGUAUUUUAAUUGCUCUGAUAUGACGACGUGUCGUGCUGAAAACGAUCGAGAAUAAACGAUCAGUCAAAAAAAGAAAAAAAUCCCGAUAAUGUUUUGACAAAUUGCGUUCUCAAUUUCCGUCGGAAUAACAGAGUUAUUUUAUUGAAUAUCCGCCGAGAGAGAGAGAAACGAAAAACUAUAACAAUGCAGACACGGGAGAAGUCGACGGAAUGGGCUUUAUUAUUCCCUUUAAAGGCGGGCCUGUUCGCCAUGAAGUCAUCGUUGUCUUCGAAGAGCGUGGCGCGGGAAAAGGAGAGCAAGGAGAGGCUCUCGAAGAAAUAUCUUCAGUCACCGCGAGCAAAAAUACGUCGAGGAUCGUCCCUGUCGGAUCUGGACAAGCUCCAGAGCAAGGCGAUCCUGCCAGACGUGGUCAAGUCGACGGAGAAAUGUUCCGAGUCGCUUCCGCACUCGCCCGCCUUGUCACGCACGAAUCUACAACUGGGCAGCAGCAGCGUGAGAGGCAGCAUAGGCGAUCUGAUGAACAUGAAGAAGUACGGUGGGUCCACUUGGAGCGUGCGAAGCGAGACUCUGAUCGCGAAGGCCGUGCCGUUGAGCACCGUGACGGCGAAGCAGAGCUCGCCGAUUGAGAAAAGCACGGAGGACGAUCUCGAGGACGAGCUGCAGGACGAGUUUCCGGUCUCCGGGAAACCUCUGACUUGCGCUCAGAGAACGCAGAGGCUCAGCAGACUUAUCAAGAAGCAGAGGCGAAUAAUGGUUGUCAGCUCUAGCGCUCUGCAGAAGAGUGUGGUGAGUAUUACAACUUUGUCAAUUAUCCCGAUUGUAUCGAUGUGUCAUGCAACAUUGCUGAUCGCGACAGGUGAGUUCUAUUUUCGCACAAUGCUCUGCCUUUAAUUAUCACCGUAUACCAAAGAAUAUAUAUGUUGAUACAAUGGCGAAUAAAUCAUUGAAAAAUGAAUUCCCAUGAAUGGGAAUAAAGAAGAAGUUGCGACUAUAUAUGUAUU